UGGAUUUUGCUGGCAUGUUUAUUUCAGUAACUGGAGGGGAAAGGUGGGGUUCAAGGUCACAAUUGUCCUUGGAUUCUUGGUUCUGCUUCUAAUCCUGAAUGAUCAGCUACCCAACACAGACGUGUCUCCCAUUCUUGGUAACACACAACACAACUAUAGAGCUGAUGUUUUCCACAUGGGCAACUACCUUCUUAAAUCUGUAAAAACUAUAGUAAACUUCUCAUAGGUACAGUGUGUCCUAAAAAGCAGUACAAACUAAUUAGAUUACUAAAUGGAUUCUUUCCAUAAAGCCUUAAUUUUAAACCAAGAGCGAAUUGUGUUAUCAAUUAAGAAAUUGCCAGUAUUGUGACUUCUGGUAUUUGAAAAGAGGUAUGAAAAAAGGGUUUUAUGGUGAGCUUGGGCAAUUUCUAUAUUGGCCUAUAUGUUUGUAGAUUUGUAUAAUCCAGAGAAUAGCGCGUGUUCAUUGGGACAGAUGAACCAUUGGCCAUGCAAAAUCUUGCAAUUAAAUAGGGUAAUUUAGUGAUCUAUAGUUCUGUAUGUAACAUUCAAAAACUAUUUUGAAAUCUAGUUUUUUUGUUCGCCUAAUUUUGAAAACCACAUUACUGCAGUACAACAGGAUCUUCAGGCGCAAUUCAAAUAGGGUGGUUUUAAAUUAAUUACCAAUAAUAGAACAGUGUAAACACACAAUGUAGUAUAAGCAUCAUAUGAUUCACACCUGAAAUCAACGAGACUUGGAAAACUAAACCUGUUAAGUUAAAAUUAAACCAGUUAUGAGCAUUAAAAAUCACUCAACUCGAUAUAAUGACUGAGGGGUUUAGUUUGUUUUAUGCUGGUGGAAAUUGACGCUUUUGAAACAAUAGCCACGUGAACCACUAGAUGGCAGUAAUGCACACCAUCUUUUUUUUUCUUAAGUACCAGCCACUCCCAUAAAACCAAGAAUAUAGUGCAGGUGUGUGUUGCCUUUGCCAAACCUUUACAAAUGUCUCAAGAAAUAACACUGAUAUAUACAGUCAUGACAAAAUCUGUUUUUAUCAUACUUACCAUCUUUGCACAUUUGGAUGUUUUGUUUUCUGAGAAUUCCUGUGAAUAUUUUCAAUUGAUGGAACAUUUGAAGCUGACUGAUUCUGUGCGUUUUUUACAAUCUCGACCAGUAGAUGAUUGGAGAAAGCCUACUCAAGUCUUCAUUGACUCCACCGUGGCUAACAUUAUUCAACUGGAAGGGACGACACAAAGGCUUACAAGUCUGCUGUGGUUGGACAUGACAUGGAAAAACAGCUUUAUAUCAUGGGAUCCUAAUGAGUUUUGUGGAAUGGAGACAAUAACAAUACCAUUGGACCUGUUGUGGUUACCAGACCUCUAUAUCUAUGAGAUCAUGGAUGAUGAUGUAAGCCCCGUGGUCAAUGUUUUACAAGUGAAGCAUGAUGGCUCUGUUAAACAAUCCAACCCUGUAAGACUUGUUACUGCCUGCAAGUUGGACAUUUUUGGAUUUCCUUUUGACACCCAAAAGUGCACAAUAACAUUUGGUCCUUAUGUGCAUACAGUGGAACAAAUAACUAUGGUUGCAGCGUCCAACUCUUCUGUUGUAACCCAGCUCUCCAGGGACAAUUUCUCUAAAAGAGGAGAAUGGGAGCUUCUGCAUAUUGAUGUCCAGAACCUAAAUUUUUCUUUCAGUGGCACUCUGCACAGUCAAGUCAAAUACACGAUAACAUUAAAAAGGAUACCGAUUGUGUACGUGAUGAAUUUGAUAUGCCCAGCAGUGUUUCUGAUAAUCCUGGAUUUUGCUGGCAUGUUUAUUUCAGUAACUGGAGGGGAAAGGCUGGGGUUCAAGAUCACAGUUGUCCUUGGUUUCUUGGUCCUGCUUCUAAUACUGAAUGAUCAGCUACCCAACACAGACGUGUCUCCCAUUCUUGGGGUGUUUUGCGGACUUUGCUUUGCCCUGAUGAUAAUAAGCAUAAUGGGUACAAUCGGAGUCUUGUACAUGGUGGAAAUGUCAUCGAUGAGCUCUGAGGUGCCGAGCUGGAUGAAAAAGUGGGUGCUGAAGCACAUGGCAAAAGUCCUUCUUGUGAAAACCAGUCACACAGCAGAUGCAGGAGCUGAUGAGAACGUUAUCGGUUUCUCAAAUUCCAGCGUACCAAGCACAUCGAUUCGAAUGAAAAAAGCCUCGGAGAAAACAAGCAGGAAGGACAGUAAUGAAGCAAUACUGCUGAAGAAGCUGCUGCUUGAAAUCUUAAUGAUCAGACGUCACUUGGCCAACACUAGACUCAAAGAGGAAUCUCAAAAUGACUGGCACAUGGUUGCUUAUGUCUUAGACAGGUUUAUAUGUAUAUUCUACUUUUUUAGCAUAGUAAUCAGUAUGGGAGUAUUAAUUAUUGUUUGGGCAAUCCCACAUACUUAGCAAAUUCCAUUUGUUCUAAUUCUGCAUAUUAAGGGAAUUAAUCCUAAACAUAUAAGCAAGCAAAUUAAAUUAGAACUCAACAUGUUACUAAAGUCAUUUUGUUAUCAGCAUUAAAUAAGUUACAAAAGAAAGUACCGAGGAAAGCAAAAAGUACAUGUAACCCAAUGAUAUUAGACUAUGGCUUUGUUCAAACCUCGUUAUAUGUGCUGACCUGAAGAAUUAUUUUCUUUAUAUAAAACUUUAUUCAUUACUUUUUUUUCUUAUUUUAAACAAACUUGCAGUACAAGCUAUUUAGAUUACUAAAUUGAUUCUUUCAAUAAAGCUUUAAUUUUAAACCAAGAGCGAAUUGUGUUAUUAAUUAUGAAAUUGCCAGUAUUGUGACUUCUGGUAUUUGAAAAGAGGUAUGAAAAGAGGGUUUUUAGAUGAGCUUGAGAAUUUUCUAUAUUGGUCUUUAUAUUUGUUGAUUUUUAUAUCCAGAGAUCAGUGAGUAUUAGUUGAAAAUAGACAUGAGACCCGGGACAGAUGAACCAAGACCUGAAGUGUUCUUGGCAAUGC